GGCCGCUGCGCCCCGGCGACGCACGGCGGGGACCCGCGCGGCAGGAAGGGCGCACCGAGCUCUUUCCCCUUCCCGAGCGAGCAAGCCGCGAGGCUCCGGCUGGCAAGAUGGUGCCCGGCGCUCCGCGCGCGCUCUUCCUCCUGCUGCUGCUCCUCGCCUGCGCCGCGCCGCGGGCGUCCCAGAACUGCCUGAGCAAACAGCAGCUCCUCACCACCGUGCGCCAGCUGCAGCAGCUGCUCAAGGGGCAGGAGGCGCGCUUCGCCGAGGCCAUGCGCAGCGCCAGGAGCCGCCUGGCCGCGCUGCAGAGCUCCGUGGGCCGGCUGGCGCCCGACGCCCCGCCAGCCUCCUGCCCGCCUCUGCAAGCCCCUCUGGACGGCAGGAAGUUUGGAAGCAAGUACUUAGUGGAUCACGAAGUCCAUUUCGCCUGCAACCCCGGCUUCCGGCUGGUCGGGCCCGGCAGCGUCACAUGUCUCCCCAACGGCACCUGGACCGCGGAGCAGCCCGGCUGCAGAGAGAUCAGUGAGUGCGCCAGCCAGCCUUGUCAACAUGGUGGGACGUGCGUAGAAGGAGUCAACCAGUUCAGGUGCCUCUGUCCCCCAGGAAGGACUGGGGCCCGCUGUCAACAUCAGGCCCAGACUGCGGCCCCCGAGGGCGGCGUGGCCGGCGACUCCGCCUUCAGCCGCGCGCCCCGCUGCGCGCAGGUGGAGCGGGCACAGCACUGCAGCUGCGAGGCCGGGUUCCACCUGAGCGGCGCCGCGGCGGGCGACGGCCUGUGCCAAGACGUGAACGAGUGCGAGCUGUACGGACAGGAGGGGCGCCCCCGGCUCUGCAUGCACGCGUGCGUGAACACCCCGGGCUCCUACCGCUGCUCCUGCCCUAGCGGGUACCAGACUCUGGCCGACGGCAAGAGCUGCGAGGAUGUGGAUGAGUGCGCUGGCCCACAGCACGUGUGCCCCCGGGGGACCACAUGCAUCAACACCGGGGGUGGCUUCCAGUGCGUCAGCCCCGAGUGCCCUGAGGGCAGCAACAACGUGAGCUACGUGAAGACCUCUCCCUUCCAGUGUGAGCGAAACCCCUGCCCCAUGGACAGCAGACCCUGCCGCAGUAUGCCCAAGACCAUCUCCUUCCAUUACCUCUCUCUGCCCUCCAACCUGAAGACACCCAUCACGCUCUUCCGUAUGGCCACGGCCUCGGCCCCCAGCCGGUCUGCGCCCAACAGCCUGCGGUUCGGGAUCGUGGGGGGGAACAGCCGCGGCCACUUCGUGAUGCAGCGUUCCGACCGGCAGACAGGGGAGCUGAUCCUCGUCCAGACCCUGGAGGGGCCUCAGACACUGGAGGUGGAUGUUGACAUGUCGGAAUACCUGGACCGCUCCUUCCAGGCCAACCACGUGUCCAAGGUCACCAUCUUUGUGUCCCCGUAUGACUUCUAAGGGUGCAGAGAUCUGGGCUGAUUUCUCUUCCCCCAAGGACUCAACUGGGGACACAAAUUGUGACAGGCAUCUCUCUCCUUUGCCUGGUCCUUGCCCACCUCCCUGUUUGCCCAGGCUUCUAGGGCAGUGCCACACUGUCCCAUGGGGUGACACGGAAACCCAUACUUCUGCCACUGUGGUUAUGUGAGUGGCAUUGUGAGUUUGAACUAGCUGGGGAAGGAGACCUGGGGUGUGUGCCUGACACGAAGGCCGGCCCUUCCGCACUGCUAGUGGCAACGCUUGCUAUGAACGAAGUGCUUGUAGCUAUGCUGGGGGUCCAGUCGUGCCUCUGUGUGCUUAUGUAGGAGGCAGAGUUUCCUCCCAUGCUGGGCAUGUGGUUCUUGUCCACACCCUCUCUGAGAUACACCUGCCAGCCUUCUGAACAGAGAGCGCGGGAGAGCCUGUGACCCGCAUGCACCCUUCAGACGAAGGAACUGACAUGAGAGCAUGGAUUCUGCCUAAAUUACUUCCCUUUUGGGAAACUGUAUCUUAAAAACAUAACCUGGUAUUAUAAGUGAAGAAAUAAAGUCAGUAGCUCCUCCCUAUCCUAACUUCUCCCUGAGAAGCCCAGUUCCUCUGGGAGGGAAGAGCUGCUCUCCUCCCGUCUGGGAGGGAUGGGCCGGAAUAAAUGAGCAGGAGAGCGCAAAGGUAAUGUUUGGGAUUUUGCCACUAGUCUGAAUUUUUCUUGGCCUACCAUUUUUCUUGGGAGAUUGGUAAGGACAUCUGGCCAUGGAGAGUUUAAGGAAACCGUCAAAUUGCCAUAGAUCCCAUGGCCACCUUCUUCUGAUAAGAAGCCGGGGUGAUGCCCUCUCGGUGACUGAAAGAGGAAAACUCUGGCCAGGACUGAGGAUGGGAUGGAGUGAGGGGCUCUUCACGUUAAAACUUCAUGGCUGGCUUCCUUGUGAGGGAGGCUUAAUACUCAAACACAUGUUAAUCUACUGGGGAGACUUCCUCACCUAUUUUAUUUAAAAAUGCUUCAUAUUCACCCUGGGAUGAGGUGGAGGCAAGGAAAUGUAUUGAGGGGUCAAAUCCCAGAGAAAGAUGGUUUCCAGGAUGGUUUAUCCUUGUCUUGUUUUGUGAGAAAAAGGAGACAUAGUCAAAAGUUGUUUUUGAAAUUUUCUUCUUUUUCCCUGGGCUCAGCUGGGACCUAACAAUAGAACAAAGGUCUUCAGACCUGCUCUUUCUGGGUUGCUAUAAGACUUAUUAAAAUAUUAUUUACA